AUGUCCCCUCACUCCUCUCGGCCCCUAUACAGGGAAGCUUAUGAUCGGCAUCUCGCGAACCUCAAAAAAUUUCACGCUCGAAUGAAGGAUCAUGGGAUACUGAAUAGUAUCCUGACAGAACUCAACAACAAUGGCAGAUUGCAUGCGAAGGUGGAUCCGAUCAAUGUUGGAGACGAAGACUGUUUGUCCGACGAUGAGAUCUACAAUGCGGUUUGUGAAUAUCAACAGGUUGGCAGUGCAGAUGCCAGUGACGAGGUGGAGUCUGACUUGGAGUCCGAGGGUGUUGACGAGGUCGAGUAG